AUAAGCGCCGCUAGUCCGAGGUGGUCUCCACUCUCUGAGCGCCACCCUCAUCGCAGCCAUGCAGCUGGUCUUGGUCCUCUCCUCCCUGCUCGCCCUCGCCCUCGCCGCGCCGAGGAGCGAUGAUCACAUCGUGGGGGGCUUCGAGGUGAGUCCCAACUCCAUCAAGUACCAGGUGUCGCUUCAGCAGUACGGCUCCCACUUCUGUGGAGGCUCCCUCCUCAGCAGCCUCUGGGUGCUGUCUGCCGCGCACUGCAAGAUCGCGGCCUCUGCCAUGACCGUGGUGCUGGGUGAGCACUCCCUGUCCCUCAACCAGGGCACCGAGCAGGUGCUGAAGGUCAGCAAGGUCAUCUCGCACCCCAGCUACAACGCCGACACCAUGAACAACGACGUCCUGCUCAUCAAGCUCCAGACCGCCGCCAGCCUCAACAGCUACGUGGGCACCGUGGGGCUGCCCUCGCAGGGGGCAUCGCUGAGCAGCGGCACCACGUGCCGCGUCUCCGGCUGGGGCAACACUCGCGCCUCCGGGAGCUCCUACCCGGACAAGCUCAUGGCCGUGGACGUGCCCGUCAUCUCCACCACGACGUGCAACGCCGGCUCGGCGUACGGCGGUGAGAUCACCGCCAACAUGGUGUGCGCCGGAUUCAUGGCGGGCGGCAAGGACUCUUGCCAGGGAGACUCCGGGGGACCCAUGGUGUGCGGGGGUCUGCUGCACGGGGUGGUGUCGUGGGGCUACGGCUGCGCGCAGCCCAACAAGCCCGGCGUGUACGCGCGCGUCGCCAACUUCCGCUCGUGGAUCGACCAGACCAUGGCGGCCAACUGAGGGCCAUCUCCUGCCCUCCGCUGCCCCCUCCUACCCUCCGUGAGGAGCCACCUGGACGCACGCGUAUACAGCAGAUUGAACACGUGGGGCACACGCGCGAAUGACACUUGGACACGUGUCUAACGCGUGGACUCAAGGCAGAGCGCGCGCGCGUGUGUACACGAAGGUGCGUCGGUGACUGUGAACGCGUGGCCGCCGUGAGAAUGCGCGGGUCUCAACAAUAAAGGCAAAUCGAGAGGC